GGGAGGAGCCGUGUCUUAUAAAAAGCGCUUUUUGUCCCAAACGAAAACAGUCUCAGCUCAGAGCGACCAGAGAGAGCACUGCCGCAGAGACGCCGCUGACGCACGGGACAAACGCACGGGACAAACGGACAGUGACGUCGUGUCGUAACAAGGACGUAACGGAGAGACGUGACUCUGCAGAGACCUCCACCAAAACAACAGCGCACCUCUGGACCAGGCUGAACCGGGGCUUCGAGCAAAAUGCCGUUUUCCGUUAACGGCAUCCUCUGCGCGCUCGUGCCGCUGCUGCUGUGGCGCGCGGAGCAGCGCGUGGAGGCGUGCAGCUGCGCGCCCGUGCACCCGCAACAGGCUUUCUGCAACGCAGACGUAGUGAUCCGUGCGAAGGUGGUGGGAGAGAAAGAGGUGGAUUCUGGGAACGACAUUUACGGAAAUCCCAUCAAGAGGAUCCGCUAUGAAGUCAAACAGAUCAAGAUGUUCAAAGGUCCGUCUCAGGACAUCGAGGCGGUGUUCACGGCUCCGGUCUCCGCCGUUUGUGGGGUCACUCUGGACGCCAGCGGGAAGAAGGAGUACCUCAUAUCGGGUAAAGCAGAGUCCGCGGGCAGCAUGCACAUCACCCUCUGUGACUACAUCCAACCCUGGGACUCCCUCAGCACCACCCAGAAGAAGAGCCUCAGCCAACGCUACCAGAUGGGCUGUGACUGCAAGAUCGUGCGCUGUCCCUCUCUUCCCUGUGAGAUCUCGGCUCCUGAGGAAUGCCUCUGGACAGACUUGAUGAUUGAGAAGCAGGUUUACGGUCGCCAGGCCAACCACUACGCCUGCGUCAAACGCGUCGACGGAUCCUGUUCCUGGUACAGAGGAGUGGCCCCGCCCAAGAAGGACUUCCUGGACGCCGAGGACCCCUAGAGGCCACAGCACCGCACUGCAAGCCCGCACACAUCCACACAGAUACUCAUAAAGCAAAGUCCCACAUACAAAAUGGAGGUUUCUGAGCGUUUAACCCAAUAAAUAAAUAAAUAAAUAUUGUUUUGUAGGUUGUUUUCACGUGACUCUGUAAAUACUGGGCCUGUCCACACGAAACAAAAAUUAUAAAGUGGGUGGAAUUUUAUCUGAAAAGACUUUAAACCAUGACGAGUUUGUGGAUCCAAUCCCAAACAAAUAAGAAUGAGAAGGUUCAACAUUUGUGGAUCAGAAGUUUGGAUAUUUAUUUCAAAAACCGCGAAUCUCCCGUAGCGUUAUAUAUAUAAGCCCCUCCCCCAAAUCUGAAACUUAUGACAUCAUCAAAUUCUCCAAACGUGAACACAACCUAUCCCCCCUCCCUCGUUUUGAAGCGAAAAGUAUUGGAGUUUUUUCUCAGACAGAUCAAAGUGACCUCAUGAGACGCAGACGGGUCGCGUGAUGUCACUUCCUCCUGAGGCUGGCGUCAGGUGGACUUUUAUUUUGAAAAGAACAAAGCACUUCCUGCCCCUGAAAGCUCUUAGCUCCGAACUCCAUAUUAACCCUAACUAUCAUUAACCGUUCACUAUUUAAUCGAAACUGUGGCGAUUACUUUACUUAGCUAGGCCUAAUGCUAAUGCUAACGGUACAGCUAACAGCAAAAACAGCAGCUGCAGCAAACGUCGUUAACCCGAUUUGACGUACACGGAUAAAACCCAUUUUGUUUUAUUUUUCUGUUCAAUUAACGGGUGAAGUUGUGUUUAUAAUUUUUUUUUUUUACUUUUUAUUAACAAUUAGAAUUAUUUUACCUAAAGGUGCACUGCGUAACUUUUCAUGCUGGCGCGCCUCCUGCUCGUCUCCGUGGAGCUGUUAUUACAUUGCCUGUAAUAUUCCGCACUAUGGCAUUACACACAAAAUAUACUCAAAAAUACACGGACAAAAACGGGGGGGAAAAAAGUUUAUUCUUUCUGCGCGUGGACUCGCCUCUCCACAGAUCCGACCUGUAUCUUGACCUGGCAUCACCUGCUUGUCUCUGUGGAGAUACAGUUAAUGCCAUACUGGGGUAUAUCCCAGUCGAACCAAUCAUCAAUCUCCGUAGAAACAAGCAGGCGGCACACUGUACGACAGAAAAAGUUCCGCAGUGCAGCUUUAAGUUCUCUGUCCAUUGCCGUAGCUGUACAGAAAUCUGCAUAUACUUCAGUUGUUUUUGUUAUUUUCAGCUUUAGAAAAACUAGAUUUGCACUUUCGAAGGACACACCCAGACUCUGAGUGAUAACGCUUCAUAAUUAGCCUAUAGCGAAACUAGCUAAUUUCCGCUUUUUAAACUGAAAUGAAAGAAACUGCUUUGUGUCGAUACUGAUGAUUGUAAAUGAUAUAUUCUUGUUAUUCUCGCAGACUUAAAUAUUGAGAAAUCGCUUCAGUGUUUCUACGUUUGAAAUUACUCACCGCUAAACCGCCGUCCUUUGUGCUGUUUUUACGCUUUUUCCGGUAGAGGUUAUGCGCUGACAUCAUUUUACACCGAAAAACGCCCCAAAACAUUCGGACUAACUGACAAAAAAGAGACAAAAAUGUGUUUCUUUGCUUUUUUUUUUAGCUAAUUUUUCUCCAUGGAGCUAUUUUUUUGUUUGUUUUUUUUCAGCUCAAAUGCUUAUCUAUUAUCACUGACUGGGCAGAGCUUGGCUAGCUUGUUAGCUAACGAUAGCAGGAGGUAAAGGACACUAGCUAGCUCCAUAACAAUUAACAUCUUCAACACGCAGACUCAUAAACAUCAGAUUUAAUAAAAGAAAGUUUCAGUUCUGUGUCUGAUCCAAAGCCGAUAUCAGCGAAUGUAAGUGCAGCCUGCCCCGCGGUUUAGCUAACGGCUAACUAGCGUUCUACUGUUGACUUGAUUUGAAGUACUCAAUUCAGUUAAGUAAAAGUACAGAUACAGAGGUAAAAACGUACUCAAGUUCCAUCCUCAGACCCAAAGCAAACAAAAGAAACAAAGGGGAACAAUAGUAGGGCCAUUAAAGGCUGAGUAGGGCCAUUAAAGGCUGAAACUGGAGACAGUAGGUUUUUACAGUUUCAGUGUAGUUGGCCUCUUUCAGAUUUAAACUUUGUCUAUUGCUACUCAAGUAAAAGUAUCACAUAAAUAAAAAGUAUUAAAAGUAUUAAAGUUCACGGUUAAAAAUGUACUUUAAGAGUAAAAAGUGACAAACUAACAACAUGUGUGAAAUACGUUUAAAGUGUAAAUGUAGAGAUAUUGAUUGAAAAUUACACAUAUUUUGGUCAACAGCAGAAACACGACUCAACGUCUUAAUUUUUCGUAUUUAUUUUUGUUGAAACUUGAACUCAAAAACACGAACACGGUAAAAAAAAACCAAAAAAACUCCUCAAAUCGGAUGAAAAGUACUUUUUACUUUUCAGUCCAGUUCAAAAAUGUAAUGGAGUAGAAAGUACAGAUACUGCACUCACAUGUACUGCAGUAAAAGUAAGAAGUACCCACUGUAAAAUGUACUAAAGUUGAAUUUUUAGGUAUCUGUACUUUACUUAAGUGCAGUACUUUAAAUAGUGGUGGAACGAAAGUAAAAGUAGUAGAGUCUGGAACAAAGUAAAUAUUUAGCAGAGUUGUAGACUUUUAUAUUUGUUAUUAAACUUAAAUUAAAGCAGCUUUUUCACAUUUUUUAUUUGCUUUUAUAAAAAAAUAAGUCAUUACUCACCAUUGGCCGUCGUAUAAAGCUGCGCCUCUUUUCCGAAUGUUGUGAUGUCAUCUGCAUAACCUCUACGCGUACAAUAAAAUAACAAAACGAGUAUUAUUUAAAGGAUUUUGAUUUUUUUUCAUCAUUUUUUCGUGUGUUUUUGACGUUAGCUUAGCGUCGGGUGGCUCUUGCGCUGGGAAACCGUAAGAGUCGAACUGCUUUUUGUUACAGAUGGAAAAAUGUGGGGACGAUUGUGCAUGUUUAAAAAUGUGUAAAGUUUAAAAAAAAAAACAUCAAAUAAUCAAUAUUAUCAAUAAAACCAAAUGUUUCAAACAGGAA